ACUUUGUGAUUUCUGUAAAAGUCUUGAAGGUUUUUGGCAAAACAAUGAAGAAUUUCACUUCCUUACGUAACGUGAAUGAACCGGUACGCCCUUGAAAUAAAAGAAGCUGAAAAUGCCUUAUGCCGUUGUUACCCCCCGCAAAUUUUACUUUAUUUGUGGUGAAAAGUAGUUAUUCUUAUUAAUUUUGUGUGAUUCAUGUGGUUUCUAAUUUUUUGGAGUCAUUUUGUGUUACUUGGUUUACUGGGGUUUAAAACAAGGGCGCAAACUGGCGCGUGAAGUCUAGGUGUCGAGAUGCAACUAACAAGAACUGCUCUGUAUUCGCUCAGACUCACAUUUAAUCAGAGCACAGCCCAAUCUCUCUAUCGCAAAGCUUGGAUGGACCGUGGCAGUGCUGCAUCGGCUAUUGUUCUUGCAACAGCAGGUCUGUCCUUGAGUAUGUUUUCUCUGAGACAAAUGCAAUCGACGCAGCAACCACUGCGACGUCUCCGUAGACUCGAAUGACCCGAGGAUACCCGCAGGACGUCUUCGCGCACACGACGUUGGUUUAUUCUGGAGGCGAGCGACUGUAUCUUGAGAACAAAAAAUUCUUAAGUGUAGCGAGUAAGAAUCGAUCGAAGGGGAAUUCCAUAAAGAGCAACGCGUUACAUUAUUGAAUUUGCGCACACUUUGCUACCACCGUGCGAAACACAUUAUAUAUUUAAGCAAUCUAUGUGCGCUCACAUUUCUUAUUUUAUUUAUGUAAAAUAAUUAGCAAUUAGCAGUAAUGCACAAAAUAUGCAGUACAGCUAACUUCAGUUAUAUCGAAUUUAGCACGUGGUACAGGUGGGUUUGUCUCGUAAAUUAGGCGCAAUCAUGUAGACUGAAUUUAUUUAUAAUUGUUAACGAAGGUUAAUAAUCGGAUGACUCGAUGUGGCAACUGUGGAAGUUUUUUGCGCGAAUAUUUUACCUAUCUUUCACAUCACCUCAAAAUGCCAAAUUCUUCGACAAUGUAUUGAUGUUAAAUUAAGUAAAUGUAUCAUUGUUAUCCAGUAUUAAAAAUGUUUGCUGAAUACAACAAUAGCGCAGUCUCCGAAGAUUGACAAUGCAUCAAUUUUUCAAGGACAUUGUUUUAUCUGACAUUGAUUCCCUGGAAAAAUGGCCAGUUUUUAUAAAUUUUUCUCUCGAUCUCGCGAGCACUGACUGCUCAAAGGGAUGGUUCAAGUAUAUUGAACAAAGGCGAAUGUAGAAAAGAUCCGAAAUUCAAAAUGUGUAAAAUAGAGUUCAUAAUUGCUGUUACUUGGUGUAAUGAUAAGAAUAAAAAGAACUUUUUGGACUUAA